UGCUGAUGUUUAUCAAGGGAAAUAUCAUAAUCUAAAAUUAUUAUUUGCUGAUAUUUUGUGUGUGAGUCCCUAACCUCACUUCUCUACCCAGUGGUGUAAAUUAGUGUGUCAACACCGCACUAAUGUGAGGUUAGGUUUGUUUACCGAGUUGUCAUUUGUGACUUUGACAAGUCCUAAACCAGCAUCCAAUUGAAAAAAUAACGUUUUUUUCAUUUUUCUGCUUUAUAUAGUUUUUUUUAUACUCUAAAGAGAUUUGGCGCCAUGAGCGAAUUUAUCGACAUUCCCAAGACCCCGGAAAAGGGUUUAAAUCAUGAUGAUAGCGAGUGCAACGACGAAGACCCUCCGGCUAGUCCAAAAUUUACUCCCGUAAUUGAAUUACCCGAGGUCGAAGUUCCUACUCACGAAGAGGAUGAAGUGGAAUUUUUGAAAAUAAGAGCCAAGCUCUAUAGGUUCGAUAGCAGUACCGAUCCUCCAGAAUGGAAGGAAAGAGGAACAGGCGAACUAAAAAUGCUCAAACACAAAGAAAAAAGCUCAUUCCGAAUAGUAAUGCGCCGAGAUAAAACUUUAAAGGUUUGUGCCAAUCAUUUUAUCACCCCUAUGAUCGAACUGAAGCCCAGUCUAACGAAUGAACGAGCAUUUGUUUAUACAGUCCUAGUAGAUUUCGCCGAUGAGAAAACCAGAUCCGAAUGUUUCGCCGUAAAAUUUGCCAAUAUAGAAAAUGCCGACAUGUUCAGAGACAAGUUUGAAGAAGCGAAAAAAAUUUUGUUGACCGAUUGUGAACUUUAUAACGGAACUGUGGACAAGCAGAUCGAAAAUGAACUGAAGAAAAUUUUAGAUGAAAAUGACCAGGCUAAUGAAAUAUCUGAGAAGUUGUCUGAAUUAGACGUGAAUACGGAGGAAAAGGAUGACGCAAAGAAAGAAUAGUUUAGGUUAUGUUAAAUGAUAAAUAAACAUAUUCGCAUAUAGUGGUGUGCUUGCAUUUGGUAUUUUUAUAAUGAGCUUUGGUGUAUGUAUGAGACAUUUAUGAUCUUUUUGGCAGCUUUUUAUAUGCAUUCCCAUGGUUUUAUAUUUUUGUAAAAAAAAAACAACUAAUAAUAAAUCGAAUGUUCUUAAUGUACAUUAGUUAAUAAAACUUAUUUUGUAUAAAG